AUAUUUCAGUACAUACUUUAAAUAAAAAGGAGAGCCACGCUAAUUGAAGCCAUUGGCUUCAUCAAUAUUCAUUAAACUCGAGUCAUUGCGACUAUCAUCCGAAGAUCGAUCAAUUUGUACGUAAUGGAUCGUCUGGAGGAGAGUAAUAAGUUGAACAAUUAUGGACUUGCAGCAGGUCGAGGCUUAAUCAAUGUCGUAUUCUCUUGGUCACUUAAGGAUGUUCUCAAUGCAAAGCUUUACGAAAAUCAGGUGACAAAGAUUCCUGACACAUUUUCUACCACGAUGAGUUACAUGAAAUCUUUCAUCCCUUCACUUGUUGAGGAAACACAUGCUGAUCUACUAUCAAGCAUGACGAAUCUAUCAAAGGCACCUACUUGCGAACUUCUGACUGUUACGGCUUCUGAGAAUCAUGGACCUCGUAAAGACUUGUUUUAUGAUGUUACUUGUGUAGGAACGUAUGUGCCACAGGUUGGAGAUCUCAUUGCCUUGACUGAUAUUAAACCAAAAUGCGUUGAUCAUUUGAACAGGUCCAGAAAUUCGUAUCUCAUUGCGUAUGUUCAUCAAAUUAGAGUAAAUAAUCUCUCAAUACUCUUGUCAAAGCAUAUCGAUACAAGAGGAUACACGCAUACUGUGGGCAAGAGGGAAACAAUGUUUGCUGUCUAUUUGAUGAACAUGACAACAAAUAUUCGUGUAUGGAAAGCCUUGAAUUCAGAUGACGCAAACACAAAUCUAAUUAAGACUCUGUUGCAAGUGCAACCCAGUUCAUCACAGGGUCGGAGUUCAUGUACAAUUUGCUUUUCUAAAGAAAAGUGCUUUGAUUCCCUUUCGACUAAAUGGCCAGAAAUGUGGUGUGAUCUAAAUGAAUCUCAAAAAGCUGCAGUUUUAAACUCUAUCAGUUUGAGUAAAUGCAAACACCAAAAUUCCAUCAAUCUAAUAUGGGGCCCUCCUGGGACUGGGAAAACGAAGACAGUCAGCAUCUCACUCUUUGCCCUCUAUAAGUUCAAGUGCAGAACACUAACAUGUGCCCCAACCAAUAUCGCUGUGUUAGAAGUUACAGAUCGACUCGUGAGGUUGGUUAACCAGUCUCUUGAGUAUGAUAAGUAUGGGCUUGGGGACAUAAUUCUAUUUGGGAAUGGUGAGCGAAUGAAGAUUCGUAGUUAUAAUGAUCUUUUUGAGGUAUUUCUUGAUAGGCGUAUUAGUAUUCUGACCAAGUGUUUUUCCCCGUUGAGUGGAUGGAAUCAUUGGUUAGAAUUGAUGAUAAGUUUACUUGAGAAUCCAGAGGGGCAGUACUCAUUGUACAUAAAGGAAAAACAGAAGCAUGACAAGCAACGUAAAGAAAGUGGAAACAGCAACUCAUCAAGCGAUGAUGAGAACAACUUUCUGACACUUGAGAAGUCUGUGAAGGAAAUACACAUUAAGGAUGACAUGCAUGAUGAAGAGAGUGAAAAUAGCAGCUCAACAAGCGAUGAUGACAAUGAUUUUCUGACGUUCGAGGAGUUUGUGAAGAACCGUCUUGGUUUCAUUGGUGAGCAUUUGAAAGUUUGUAUGGUAAAUUUGUACACUCACUUGCCAACAUCUUGCAUUUCACUUGAGGUGGUGAAAGGCAUGAUCAGAGUUGCAGGGUUGCUUAAGUCGAUUAAAUCUAUAUUUAGUUGGGCUGGUGUUACUAAUGAGCAGUUAAAAUUACUUCAAGAAGAUUGCACUCGUACUCUCAAGUCACUUCGUGCGUUUGCUGUUCCGAGUUCGAAUGAUGCACAAACAAUAAGAAAUUUGUGCCUGGCAAAGGCUUGCCUAAUAUUUUGUACCGCAUCAAGCUCUGCCAGACUGCAUACAGACGGAAUGGUGCCCCUGGAAUUGUUAGUCAUUGAUGAAGCUGCUCAGCUUAAAGAAUGUGAGUCAACAAUUCCAUUACAACUACCAGGUCUUCGCCAUGCUAUUCUCAUAGGAGAUGAGAGGCAACUCCCUGCAGUGGUUAAAAGCCAGAUCUCCGAGAAGGCUGAAUUGGGAAGAAGUUUGUUUGAAAGACUUGUACUGUUGGGACACGAGAAGCACCUUCUCAAUGUCCAGUACAGGAUGCAUCCUUCAAUCAGCUUGUUUCCAAAAAUGGAGUUUUACGACAAUCAGAUAUUAGAUGGUCCAAAUGUCAGUGAAGUGAGCUACAACAAGUGCUUCCUUGAUGGAAAAAUGUACGGAUCCUACUCAUUUAUAAACAUAGCAAAUGGGAAAGAAGAAUUUGAUCGCGGGCAUAGUUUGAAAAACGUGGCUGAGGUUGCUGUGGUUUAUGAGAUAGUUUCUAGCCUUUACAAAGAAUUCACUCGCACAAAAAAGAAGGUUAGUGUUGGGGUAAUAUCACCUUACGCAGCUCAAGUUAAUGCAAUUCAAGAGAGAGUCAAAGAGUAUAGUGAAGUUUCGGCUGGCUCAGACUUCUCCGUAAGCGUGCGAUCUGUUGAUGGAUUCCAAGGUGGUGAAGAGGAUUUGAUAAUUAUAUCCACUGUCAGAUGUAAUGGAAAGGGCUCUGUGGGAUUCCUCUCCAAUCGUCAACGAGCAAAUGUGGUUCUAACACGUGCAAGGCAUUGUCUUUGGAUACUGGGGAACGAAUCGACCUUGAUUAACAGUAACUCAAUUUGGAAGAAGCUAAUUCUUGACGCGAAGAAACGAGAAUGCUUUUUUAAUGCUGAUGAGGAUGAGAAGUUGGCUCAGGCUAUUGCUGCAGCCCAAUCGAGUUGCGAUGAAGAUGAUCCAAUCGAGCUCCUUGCAAGACCAUUGUCUUCACUCAGACUGACUGAUCGGACAGCUGAAACAUCAACUCCAACUUACAGGAAUAAUUUUCGGCGCGGAGGUAGGUCCAGCAGAGUGAUAAGGUGGUGACUAAAGAGUGCAGAGCAGCUGCGGCAGGUGUUGUGCUUAGCUCCAGGACGGAAGUUGUAGCCAUUACACAUCGUAUGAUUUGGGAAGAUCGUCGUCAUUGCUCGACGUAAAAUAGUAGAAUUUUAUAUUGUAUCUUUCGUCGCUUGAUUUUGCAAUUCAACGAACGAAACAGUUAUUAUUGAAGUAUAUGAUCCGGAUUUUAUUAUA